AUGACGUUCCUAGGGUUGACCUAUUUUAACAACAUUCAGUGGGGAGAAGAACUACCCAAUGGAGAGAAAACGGUGGAAGGGAAAGAACAAAGAGUAAAGGACACAACCGAGUGUGCGAAUGUCAGAAGCUUGGACAAAGAUGGAAAUCCUCCUCCCAUGGUCCAGUUAACCCAACAUACGGACACAUCAAAUUUAAGAAAAAAACAGACAAAUAGGCACCACCUUCGAGAUAAUUCAAACAGAAAAAUCAACAGGACCGUCAGUUUGAACCAGCUACAGUAUUUAUGGCUCAAACACACCAAGGUUAUAUUUAAGCUGCUAAUUGGAAGCAAUCUGAGGUUAGGAGACCGAGAAUUGCAGCGAUUUUUAUUUGACCGUAUAAUGAAGCACGUGGAAUUGUAUGACCAGGUGGAGCUGAACAACGUAUUGGGCAGCUUCGUCAAAGGGGAGGGGAUGCGAAAGAAGCGGCAAGGGAAGCUAGACAUGGGGGGGGAGAUACAUAACGCAGUGGAGCAGGAUGAAAAGUUUUUCACCCUCGCGCAGAUUUUACUUGAAGCAGAUUUGCACACUAUGAACCUGAAGCAUGUGUCCUACUUGUACGUGUACAUAAAUAGAUUGUUGAAGAAGGAGUUAAGGAGGAUCACGCGUGGGCACAAGGAAAAGGCUAAGCAGGAGGAGGGUGACUGGGUGUGCCACGUAGGCCCCCUAGAGGGGGGGGCCCAAACGAGUUACAGCCAAAAUGGGCACACGAAAGUGGAACAGAAAGGGGAACAAAAAGCGGAACAGAAAGCUGAACAAGGAAAGGACACCAAUCCUUUUCAGCCGCUUGAACAAAUCUGCGAAGCGGAAAAUUAUCAUGAAGGCGGCCUGCACGGGCGGGAUAUUUCCCUCAUCAACCAAGUGAACGAAAAAAUUAUUCUCACUUUAGAAAAAAAAAAGUACUACAUAAAAAUGAACAACAUAGUAACCCUAAUCUAUAACACAUGUCCGAUCAUUUCUCCAAAGCAAGUUGCCUUUUUAGAAACCUGUUUUGCUCAGUUAGUGGAGGAAAAUUACUUAAUGUUUAAUUUAGCGAAAGUGUAUCGUUCGCUGUAUGAUCGCUUUGUGCAUAGCGGCAUGAGCAAAUCUGCAGGGUGCGGAAUCGGUGCAAGUAGGGUAGAGUGCAGAAUCGGUGCAAGUAGGGCAGAGUGCGCAAUCGGUGCAAGCGGGGCAGAGUGCUUGAACCGCUGGAGUAUCGCCAAGGGUGAGGGUGCAGACUGGACACUUGCAGUUAGGUCGCAGCAUGAAGAAAAAAUGGAGAAAAUUUUUAGCUACCUGAAGGAAAGGUAUUACCUAAAGAGGGAACAGGACUUGGGGGACAUCAGCACGUGCACCAUCCUGUUAAACGUUUGUCAGAAAUUUUUGCUAGAGUUGCUUGUUUACUCCUUUCACAGAUCGCAGGGGUGGGGGCAAUCACCGGGGCAGGGGCAGCUUAGGUGUGGAGGCGCGGCGGCGGUGCUCGACCUCGUCCAGCACAUUUACACACACCUGCACUUUGUGAUUGUGAGCACCCGGGGGGGGCUACAAGAAAAGGGAGUCAAAGGUGACAGUGAUGGUGAUGGAGAUGGAGAUGGCGGUGGCGAUGGCGGUGGCGAUGGCGGUGCCUAUGACGGUGACGAUGAAGGGGAGCGCCGCCCCCUCCGCCGCAACCAGUUCGAGCUUGCGCUGCUCUACGGGCAUAACAUCGUGAGAGACAUGGGCGUGUACGUGGACUCGGUGGAGCGCGCCUUUUGGUUCUGGGGCAGCGGUGAAGACGGCAUAACAGUUGGUCACCUCAACACUGCACCACAUGGGCUUAACCAAAUCAACAGCUCAGGUGGGAAAUCUAUGCCCAGGGGAAUUACCCCCAAUGCAGUCCCCCAGCACAGCUACCAGGAUUUAGAGAAUAAUCCAAUCGACAUACAAAAGGUUCUUCCCCUGAUGCACUACGUGAGUUAUGUGUGCUCUUGUAUUCGUGAACGGAUGAGCAAAGGUGAAGGAGAGAAAGCAUGUAGAAAGUGA